AUUUAGUUCCCGGCAAUGAAAAUAAGUCGUAAGCUGGUCUGUGUUGGGCUGUAUAUAAAGGAGACGGCGUUGGACACAAGACCCGAUCGAGUCUUUGGACACAUACAAGUGCUUCUUGCUCAUAUUUGUAUAGAAAGAAGAAUGGCGUCCAAGAAGCUGGCCGUCCUGCUGGUUGUUCUGUCCUGCAUUGAGAGUUGUCUGUCCACCUCAUGCGUGGUGGACAGCUUUUCCGUCAAACAGGACUUUGAUCCCAAAAGGUAUGCCGGAAAGUGGUACGCUCUACAGAAGAAGGAUCCAGAAGGCUUGUUCCUGCAGGACAACAUCUCGGCCGAGUACACCAUCGAUGAUGACGGAAGCAUGACGGCGUCCUCCAAAGGACGUGUGACCCUUUUCGGCUUCUGGGUGGUAUGCGCCGACAUGGCCGCCCAGUACUCCAUCCCUGACCCCGCGACCCCCGGCAAGAUGUUCAUGAACUACCAGGGACUGGCCAGUUAUCUGUCCAGUGGAGGUGACAACUACUGGGUGAUCGACACCGACUACGACAACUACGCCAUCACCUACGCCUGCCGCACCGUCAAGGAGGACGGUAGCUGCGAUGACGGCUACGCCCUGGUCUUCUCCAGGAACCCCCGCGGCCUGCCCCCCGCCAUCCAACGCAUCGUCCGCCAGAAGCAGGAAGACAUCUGCAUGGUCGGACAGUUCCAGCCCGUGCUACAGUCCGGAGCUUGCUAAGAAGGGAAAACCGGGAGUGGACAAGCCAGACGAGGCUUGAAAGCAAGAGUGAUGUGAAAAAGAACUGAUGUCAUAAAAUCUUCAUACCUGGAGUCCAAGUUUAGGAUGUUCUUCGGUGGUCUGUGAAUGAAUGUAACAUUAAAUAUGUUUUUUUCUAA